UUUGUUUAAUGUUUGCAAAAGACGAAAAUAAAGAAACUUAGAAACGAAGAAAUGAAAUUUACAACACUAAUAAAAAUGUGCAUUUAUUAUUCAUUGACUUGAUUCUGAAGGAAAUUGAAAUAUCAAUGGUGUAAAGAUAAAGACAGAAGUAACACGAACUAAAGAUAUUAAUUAGCUCUGGGCUGUAUUUUUGUAUAUCUUGGUCACCAGGAACAUCCACCUGUCUAGCGCGUGCAAUGUUAUCUUGUUUACAUGCAGAUAACGUCGAAACAAGGGACCAUACUAUUUCCCACGAGUCACGCUGACAAUACGGAUAACCACACUUUAGAAAUAAAUUUAAAAUAAAUUUGCUAUCACUUGUUUAUGAAUAUCUCGGAAAAGUUAAACAUUAAGUUACAAAAGUUUAAUUUAUAAGUGUCGUGAAAAGUUCCGGUUGAUUUGAAAUGAGUGCGUCCGGCGACAGAACAGUGGUGCUGGCAUAUAGCGGUGGUUUAGAUACUUCCUGUAUUCUUGUAUGGCUGAAAGAACAAGGCUAUGAAGUAGUCGCCUUUUUGGCUGAUGUUGGACAAGAAGAAGACUUUGAUGAAGCUAGGAAAAAAGCAUUGAAACUAGGUGCUGUCAAGAUGGUUAUACCGGAUGUCCGCAAAGAGUUUGUAGAAGAAUUUAUUUGGCCAUCAAUACAAGCUAAUGGACUGUACGAGGACAGGUACCCCAUGGGAACAGCCCUCGCCCGCCCUUGUAUAGCCAGAGCGAUGAUAAAAGUUGCUAAAGAAGAAGGAGCGAUGUACGUAGCUCACGGUGCCACCGGUAAAGGCAAUGACCAGAUACGAUUCGAACUUUCAGCAUAUGCUCUACAUUCCACUAUACAAGUGAUUUCACCAUGGCGACUACCUGAAUUCUACAACCGCUUUACUGGCCGUAAUGAUCUUUUCGAGUACGCCAAGGAGAAAGGAAUUCCACUUCCGGUGACACCAAAGAGUCCGUGGAGUAUGGACGCUAACUUGAUGCACAUCAGCUAUGAGUCUGGUAUACUGGAGGACCCUAUCACACAGGCGCCCGAUGAUUUAUAUCAAAUGACUGUAGACCCACAGAAAGCCCCGGAUGUUCCAACCGUUCUUGUAAUUACCUUUCAGAAAGGUCUUCCGGUUUCAGUACGGAAUGAAGGUGACGGCACGGUAAAAACUCAACCGCUGGAGCUUUUUCAAUACUGUAAUCUGAUUGGAGGACAGAAUGGUGUCGGGAGGAUAGAUAUAGUCGAGAACAGAUUUAUAGGGAUGAAAUCAAGAGGAAUCUAUGAGACACCUGGUGGAAACAUUCUUCUAGCUGCUCACAUUGACCUGGAAGUUUUCACAUUAGACAGGGAAGUGAGGAAGAUAAAACGUGAUCUUGACAUAAAAUUUUCAGAACAAGUUUAUAAAGGAUUUUGGUUCAGUCCAGAGUGUGAGUACACCCGAAGCUGUAUUGCCGGAAGUCAGACAUUUGUUGAAGGGUCGGUUACACUAAAGAUAUACAAAGGUGGCGUGUAUAUACUUGGCCGGAAGUCACCCAAUUCUCUAUAUAAUGAGGAAUUAGUUAGUAUGAACGUACAAGGGGAGUAUGAACCAAUGGAUGCUGGAGGUUUUAUUAAAAUAAAUGCACUAAGAUUGCGGGAAUAUCAAAGGCUGCGGAAUACAGAAAAAUAAAGUGAUUUGAAGUGGCUUAUAGAUGAACUGACAAAACUGUAACAAUGCGACAACUAUCAUAUAACAAAGAUUUUAUGGAACUAUAUUUCAAAAAUUUACUUUUUCCUUACAAUGCUUUAUAUAGACGAGUUUUUCUAUUUUUCAUUGUCUAUUCCUUUUCAUUUAUAUUGUUUCAUUCUUUGUUUUGCUUUUGAGUACUCGAAAAUCUGCUCAGUUGCUUAAACAACAUAUCAGAAGUUUACGUUUGCAAUCUUACAAAUAAGAUAUCUUACAAAUAAAUAAUUCAUUUUAAAUGCGCACGGGAUUGGUCAAUCAUUAUAAUGUAAUACGAAUUUUUCAUUUAGAUUAUUUAUGAUAAGACAGUAAUAAAAGCAGCAAAGAAUGCACACACGGUCAUUUUUUAAUGAGAGAAUAUUGUGUUAAAAAUAUAAAAAAAAUAAGACAAAAGGGAUAAAAUGUCGUAUGUUUUGACGCCCGAAGUUAUGAUUAUCUCCCCUUACACAACGAAUUGUAUAAGUACCCUAACCUUUACCGGCGAUAUCGUGCACAGGCCGUUGUUCAGUAGUAAGAUGCUCGUUUUUUAAAUAAGAGGUCUUAGGUUCGAUACUCAAGAAUCGCUUACUUUCAUUUUACUGAUCUGAACUUUGUAUUUUCUCAAGUAAUUUCAACAAAGAUAUUACAUAUGUAUUUGGUAAAUAAAAAAAAAUAGAAAGAUGUAAA